CAGCAGCUCCAUCCAUCCACGCAGACUGACGCUCCACAGAGUCUGAUUGAGCGCAUAUUUUUUGACAACUUUUACGCGCAGCCAAAAUGAGCGUCUUUACUUCAAACGUGGCAUUGCUGUGGCUGAUAACAAUACCCUGCCUGGAGGCCAUUCACGGAUUAUACAAUUUUGGCCAGCAUGACUUGUUCUACAAAAAGAAUCACUGCAAACCAAUCCCCGCAAACCUGCUCCUGUGCCACGACAUAGAGUACACGGAGAUGCGCCUCCCGAACCUGCUCGGACACGAAACCAUGAAUGAAGUUCUGCAGCAAGCUUCGUCGUGGAUCCCGCUGGUCCAGAAACAAUGUCACCCCGACACAAGAAAGUUCCUCUGCUCCCUCUUUGCUCCGGUGUGUCUGGAUGAUCUGGAUGAGCCCAUACAGCCGUGCAGGUCUCUGUGCGAGAGCGUCAAACACGGCUGCGCGCCCGUCAUGUCCGCGUUUGGCUUCCCGUGGCCGAAGAUGCUGGACUGCGACCGCUUCCCCUUAGACAACGACCUCUGCAUACCACCUGCAGGCAUGGACAACUUUGUGCCAGCCACGAAAGAAGUGCCCAGAGUGUGUGAUGCUUGUAAGGAAACCGAUGAGAACGACAACGAAAUUGUUGACAACCUGUGUAAGAAUGACUUUGCUCUGAAGAUCAAGGUCAAGGAGAUCUCCUACAUCAACGGGGACACCAAGAUAGUGCCAGAGACCAAGAGCAAGACCAUCUACAAGCUGAAAGGCGUGACAGAGCAUGACCUGAAGAAGACGGUGCUGUGGCUAAAGGACGGCCUGCAGUGUAUCUGCGAGGAGAUGAACGACAUCAACGCCGCCUACCUGGUCAUGGGCCAGAAGAUGGACGGCCAUCUGGUCAUCACCUCGCUGAAGCGCUGGCAGAAGGGACAGCGCGAGUUUAAGAGGAUUUCUCGCAGCAUCCGCAAGCUCCAGUGUUAGAAAGGAAAUGAAACAAAAAAAAACCAACUGCAUGUGUUACUGUUGAAGAUAAAGUUUGAUAGAGCUCUUUCCCCAUUCAUACUUUCAUGAAGAUUAGCCCCCGGAAAGAAAAAUGCUUCCCUGCCCUUUGAAAACACAUCACUUCAUGUGUCUUCCAUUAGUUUAUUCUGUGAAAUGCUAGAUUUAAAAAAACAAUGAGGCAUAUAUAUGUCAAGGUGAACAAGAUAACUUCCAUUAACUGUAAAUUGUGUGUUUUUUAAGGUUUUGUGUAACAUUUUAUUUGCCAACUUUGUUGCUCAACAGUGUUGUUGUAUCCGGUUUAGACAUAGACUACUUUUACUUAGACAGCAAAAUUCCAAUAUUAAUGUAAUUUAGGCAAUUAUCUGCAUGAAAGCAGAAUUUUCUGAUUUCCUAAACCCUAAUAAGGUCACAGAAUCAGCAAUAACCGGUUUGUGAGGUGGAAUUUUCUGAUUUUUUGGCAGCAACAUGUCUAAUGGUGUUAGGCCACCAUUAGACAUGUUGUUAAUGCAACUUUAUGAUGAUAGAGAUGAUAAAGUCUCAUCAUCAUCUCAUGUUGACAAAUAUCUGCAGUGAACAAAAAGGUCUAUUCAAGACAUGCUUGACAUUUAUACACAUGACUCAUUAAUGAAGAUGUGAGUCAUAGUCUGUUUAUUUUCUGGAACAUGUACACUAAACAGGAAUAUGAAUGGAUUAUUCUGUUCAUGGACUGAAACAACGUUCUUUUAAGAAUAAGGUCAAAAAUUGGGUUGGUGUCAAAGGGGGAAAAACGCAAAUGGAAACACAGACGCAAAUGGAAACAGACAGUUUUGUCCUUUAGUGCAAAAUGUUCAUUUUGCACCAAAGGAACCCACUCACCCCAGUGUCACCCCACACCCCCGCCAUCUUUGCUGUCACCUCAUUAAUUGCAGUUAAUUGCUAGGAUUGUUAGGAUUAAAUUUAGCUUCAAGGUUCAAGUCCAGGAUUGAAGAUGACUGACUCUGAUGAUCAUUGGCACAUAUGGCUUCCUGUGACAUAUAAAGUUUAUAAAGUGAGUUUAUCACACCUACAUAUACAUUUGUUAUAUAUAUUUGUGUGGAGUUAGAAAGAAAUGUGUGUCUAACUUUUAUUCAAGGAGGCCUCCCACAGGUUAACUCCUAUACAAAACAUAUCUGUGCUACAAGAAAGACUCCGCAAUUAAAUCCUUUGCUUUAUUAAAGAGCUCCGGUAACAUCAUUUAGGGACAUUAAAACCUUGCCGAAGUAGGUAUAAGGAUCAUUUUUAAACACUACUCUCUGCCCUGUUGAUUCUGUAGUUGUUUUGUGAGUUGAAUCUGAAUCUGUGUCACUCAUGUCAGUGCUGUGAUGGAUCACAAAAAGUUUUAUAUUCGUAUCCCCACCUUUUCUUCAUCCAAAAGAAAUGAGAGAUAGCUGGCUAUGUUCUCUUUUUUGUACUACAGCCACUGCGUACUUUUCUACCACAGUAUGAUAAAAGCAAUAUUUUUCUACUCCUGACCUUCAUGUCAUUUAAACUUAUGUAAUGUUUUGGUUUGUUUGAGUGACGUAGUGUUUUGUUUUGUUUUUAUGGUGAAUAUCUUGAGUGUGGAUUGAUGGGUGUGUGUUUGAAAAAAAAGUGUUACUGUGUAAAUAUCUAAUACUAUCCUUUUUAUUAUUGUAUGUUUUCCAUUAAGUAAAAGUUGCCAUGUUUCUAAAAGUCUUUUUGAAAUAUGAUUACAUUAAAAUACAAUUUAAUAAUAAUGAUCCUCUUGAAUAAAAAAAGGGAAAACAAAAUUAGUCCUAAAGGCCACAGUUAUAGCACAAGCGGUAAUUGUAUCAACACUGCCCUCUUGUGGCAGAAGCAGUUGCCUAUUUUAUGUGCAUUUAGUGCUGUUUAACAUCAGAACAUCAUAUUUUUUUUAAAACUAAACAUUUGAACCAUUAUCAAAUUUAAUUACAGUAUAAUGCUCAAAUCUCUCAGUAUUGUGCUGAAUACGCCUUGUGUGCAUAAAGAUGCCCCUUUAAUUCUAAGGGUUUUUUUAUGUGCGGACACGUCACAUGUAGCACACUGGCACCUGUUUUUGGAAGUGUUUCAAAAACUUUCAUCGCUGUAGAAUAUUCUGCUCACAAACUCUUUUUAAAAGACUUUAAAAAACAUAUUCUCUUAAACUUUGGAGUGUUCACUUCAUCCUUUGCUCUUUGUCACCCUUAUUCUGGCAAGUGCCAUAUAUUGUAAAAUAAAUCUUUAUUUACUUAUAAUAAAAGUCACUUUAAAUCCCA